GUACUUUUGAAAGUUGUCAUUUCUCUUUUUUUUUUUUUUAAACUUUUCUUUUGACUAACCACACAAGACGGAAAAAAAAGAAGAACAUAUGGAAGCUGAAUUGAAUACAACUUUAGAUAAUAUUGCAAGUAAAGAAGGUGUGAAAGGUGUUUUAAUAUCUGAUACCAUGGGUCUUUGUCUUGGAGUUCGUGGCAUCGCUAUUCCUGAAAACGCGCCCUUCAUUACAUCCUUAGCUACUGCCUCUCGUUCGCUUCAAGAUCAAGAUGAAUCCGAUAAAAAAGAAAAUUACCCUACCGUCACUGUGGAAUAUGACAAUAUGAAAGUAGUAAUCCGUGACCAUGGUGGAUUUGCUUUGGCCGUCUUUAUGUAGCAGUAGUAUAAGUUUAUCCCUUUUCCGAAAAUACGCACAGACACAUACAUAAUAAAACACACCAUAUUUGUAUUCAACAACAACAAUAAAAGAUACACA